AUGUCAACUGUUUUGGGUACUCGUUUCAUCAGUAUAACGAUGCCUGACGAUGGCGAUGAGACAACAAAUCUGACAUUUUCCAAACAAAAGUGUCACAGUUUGUACGAGUCAAGUAUAAUUGCAUCAAUUUUCGAUGAUGACGGAUCAUGUAUGGAAUCUGUGCAAAAUGAAAGUGGCGAUUACGAAAGAUUAGAAAGCAAAAACGAAGAAUGUGAGGAGCGGAAAGAGAGAACUGUGUUAAGCGAUAUAAAUGAUGAUGGUGAUUUGUUAGCGGUUGCAAUAGGCGAGGACAUUUCAAUAUUUAGUUUUGAUUGUGGUACAAGAUUUAUCGUCACAGUGCAUCUUGGAGAGAAUAUCAACCCAGUUGCUAUGAAAUUCAUGCCUGUUGUGAAUUUAAUAGCAAUUUUGACGAAUUGCGGAAAUGUGAUGUUUCUUAGCAUCGGUUCCAAUCGUAUAAUACAUCAAGUGAAGUUGAUGGAAAAUAAACGGAUACAGAGUGCAUCUAUCAGUUGCGAUCUGCAGCUUAAAGAUGUGCGGAUGUGCAUCGUUUUGGAAAGCAGUGAAAUCUAUUUAUUCCUUUUCUCGAAUUACUCCGAAUAUUUUCAUCCAGAACAGGAAAUCGAAAUCGAAAUAUCGAACAGGAAAAAGGGCAUGGAAAACAUGAUUUGGAAACAAUUUGACAUACAUUACACUGGUAGAGACUCUGCAAUCAUUGGUUAUCUUAACAGUCUUUUGCUCCUGUCAACGGAAGAGAACGCAAGGGUAGCACUGCUUGAUUUAUCUGCAGAAGUAUUGGACAAAGCUCUAAAUGAAUUUUAUUCAUCCGAUAUUUCGGGUAUCGUACGAAUUCGACAUCUUACACAUCGUGACAAGCAUGCAUCGCGUGUCGUUUUCCAGUUUAUCAUGGCUUUGACAACGGAUGGACAAUUAUUAAUUUGGGACGCCAUAACAACUCUGCUGAUUUCAUCAGUCGAUCUUUUAAAAACUGGUGAAGUAGCUAAGGAUUUCAUGCUUUUUGACGAUGUUCCGGAUAGGGAAGGCAAAAUAAACGAAAACACAAAACUGGUGCUUCUUUUUACGGAUCACAAAGGAACAUGCCAGCUUCAAAUUCGCAACUUUCGAACCUGUGAUGUAAUUUAUACGAAAGCAGUGAACAACACGACCCAGUUGCUGAACAAGGUUACUCGUGAGGAGGGAUUGGUGCUUUUUAUACAACUUUUCGCAUAUGAAUGUAGUGAACUAAAUGCGGUUAAGAUCCACGCAGUUUAUGAAUGCCAGCCAGAAAUGCGUUUAGAUCAUUUAAUAUGUCAGCAGCGAUGGGUUGAAGCUGAAGAAUUUGCUCAAAAUUUUGGCUUGAAUACGGAGAAAAUUUAUAUAGCUCGUAUUGAACACUUCGUGGAUACGGGAACGAUGGGUCAGACUGGUCUUGAUAUACAUGAGUUGGACAAAUUUCUUGGAUGGAUGACUCAAGUUUCGGAUCAGAAUUGGGUGGCUGAAAUGUGCAUAGCUGCAAUAAUGUAUUGUUCAAGCCAUUCAUGGGUCAAGAAAAUAUUAGAUUUCGUAAAAAGGCUCGAAAUUACAGAUAAUGAGACGAAGGAGAAGUUAUCGCUUUUGCGUUACAAUUAUCAGUCAUAUCGUGAAGUGCUUGGUCCUUGGCGAAAACCGUGCUGCAGUAAGAUUUCGGGAACUGAUCUGUGGUCCGAAUUUCUUGGUGGUUGUUCGUGGGAGCAUAUCUUCAAAAUUUUCUGCAAGAAUGGACAGUUUUGUGAAGCACGCCUAAUAUGGUGUCGUUAUCGAAAAACGCUGGAGGAAUGGAUUAAAGAAAAAGGAAAUUUUGAGCAAUUGUUGGCAGAAAUUCGUCUCGCAAUUCGUGAUACAACCAGUGAUAUAAUAGAAAUAGUGCGUUUUCUGGAAGAAGAAAUUAUCCCUGUAGUAUUCAUAAAUGAACCUAAAACUUGUUGCUUGUGUUGUAAGGCAUUUUUAAUGGAUGUUGCUCGUGCAGUCGAAAGAGAGCAUCCGGAAUGCUUUCCUGAAAAUUCGUUUAUAAUUGCAUCAACCAUGGAAAGAGUUAUACAGAACUUACUCAAUUGUUCUGUAACUCCAUGUCAUCAGGCGGAAAUUGCAUAUGCGCUUUCAAUUAUCAGGUGUUAUUCUGAAGAUCCAGAUGAUAUUAUGGGAGAAUUAAACAUUUAUGUGAAAAAUUUGCGUUCAAUGGAAAGACUGAAGGGCAUUUAUCAGUGUACAAUGAGUUACAAUACUUAUCAGGAACAAACAGUGGAAUCAAUCUGUUAUGUAAUAUUAGAGCGGGUGAAAAGUGUGCAGUUGAUCAAAAGUAAUAUUGAUCAGUAUGCAAGACCUUACAUGAAUGAAUUUAAAUUAGAUCCUGAUCGUACGCUUUAUAAUUACAUUUUGAAAAUCGCGACUAGCUAUGCUGGUGUCGUUUCCAGUUCUAAUCCGUGGGAUGAACGGUGUUUGGCUGUAGCAGAAAGUAUUUCUAAUUUAAAUUUGCGAUAUGAAGCGCUGAUUGAUGUUGCAAAACGUGCUCACCCACCAUGGACAAAGCAGCUAUCAAACGCCGUGCACGCAAUGUUAAGAGAUCCCGGGCUUGAUUUUAAGAUGAGAUCUCGUCUGCAACAGCAGUGUGAUUUUGCCGCACUGGGAGAACGUUUGGUACAAUAUCGUUUACCAAUGCAAACACUUGAAAGAUAUUUGCAACAAAAGCAUUUGUUUAGCAAGGCUAUAGACUUUAUUUUUCGACAAGAAUCUGUGGAAGCUGAUCCUCAACGUAGGCUUAACAGUGCUCUGGAGAUAAUUAAAUUAGCGGGGAAGUUAAAGAAGAACUUAAUGGAACGGCAUGAAUGUGUUUUUCGUUUCUGUAUUUAUUUGAUCAAUACAAAAUUGAUGGACGAUUUGUUUGUGGAUGUCGUCUCUUAUCUCAGCGAUCUGAGUGAAACAGACCGAAAUUGUGUUAUCAUGCAGCUUAUGUCACACGUUGAAGCAUUAUUAAAUUGUCCGGUUUUGCUUUUGACGGAAAAGGAGAAAGAAAUUCGAUUUCGAACUGUGGAAGUCAUUUCUUGCAUCUUGGAACGUUUCAGAAAGGAUGAAAUGCUUCUAUCAGAAUUGAAUGCUAUUCGAAAACUGCAAAUUGAUUAUGGCGUGAUUACGUAUUUGUCAUUCCUGCGAAGUAACGCUUGGAAAUCAGCAGAACUGAGACAUUUUCUGAAUCAACGCUUUGCUGGUGGUGGCAUCCCUGCAAAGAUAACUGAACUUUUAAAAUUUUCAAAUACUCUGAUGAUGGAAGAAAGUGCAAUGUAUGAAGUAGCGCUCCGCUGUGCUUUGGAAAAUCGAAAUCCCGUAGCAGCUUUGGAAUAUGCGAAAUUUGCGAUGCAAGAUACGAAAAGACCAAGCGAACAAUUAUUGUCACUUGUAGUGCAAAGCUGUGGCUAUGGAUUAUGGAUCAUGUCUGAGCUAGCUGAGAAUAAUGAUUUUGAGCCGAUCGCACUUUUUGUAAAUUUGUUCGAAGCAGUUGUUUCGCAGUGCAUGUCUGAAAACCUGAUAGAAGAUGAUUAUGCGAACGAAAAAGCACGCUUAAUAUAUGGAUUUGGGAGACGGGCUAGCGUUUAUCAUUAUAAAAUGGACGGUACUCUUUUCAAGAAAAGUGAUGCCAUACAACAAUUAUCUACUGUGGCUCGCUCCAUUGUUUUUGAUGUUUUGAUAGACACCGAUUUCAUUGAUGUCAACAAGAGUAGUUUGCUAGAAUACUAUGAAAAGAUGCGUACAGCUUGGACAAAUUUCUUCUCCUACCUGAUUCUCAAUAAUCAGAUUCUGAUAGCAGUUUGUGCUCGCCUCUCAUUUGCAUUAUUAGCAUGUUACGUGGUUCCAAGUCAGGUUGGCUUUGCUUAUUCUGAGCUUCAUGAAGCAACUGAAAUGUUUAUGGAGCGAGCUUUAAUGCAUAAUUAUGCUGAUCUUGAACUUUGCGCUGCACUUAUUUUUUCUGCUCCAGUUGCCGAUAUCAGAAAGAUUUUACUAAAAACACGAUCUUGGUGUGUAACACGAAAAUCGCCUCAUAUUAUGCUCAAUUUAAUUCGUCUUGCUCGAUUUUGCGCUAUUAUGCUCAGCGAUAAUUCUACCGAUAAGCAACUUAGCCAUUAUUACGCACUGACCUUGUGGAUCAAGAAAUUGGGAAGAUUGAAUGCUAAUUUCCCGCAAAAUGUAUCACUAGAUGUAGCAGUUCAGGAAUUUGUUCGCUGUCUUAUUCCACCCGAAAUUUUAAUCGCGUUUUGCAAGGAUUUUUCAUUAGAAAUCACUGAAGCAUUGGUUUUAUAUGCAACAAAAAUGGCACUUAAAGCUUCUGCAGAAGAAGAUCAAAUAUUAGCGGCAGAAAUGCGUUUUGCUGUGUUUGCAGCAUUACAGGAAAUUGGUAUCACGGAGAAUCUUUUCAUGCAGCUUUAUGCCUGUUUGAUGAUGCUUUGUCCUUAUAAUUAUGAGGCGAUCGAAGUAAUAAUCAGUGGAAUGGAGAAGUAUAUCGAUGAUGAUAAUAGCGAUCAAGUCGAAAUAUUACGGAGAGCCUCCAUAACAAUUCGGUUCUUAGAAAUCAAUGAACGUGUUAAUCCCCCAACCGAUCACGAGAUACGAUGGUACCAUGAUCGACAAAAAUUUCUUGUUAAACAGCAAACUGGUAGCCAUGAUUCAACAGUGAAAGUUUCUGACGGAGAAGAUUUGAACACUCAAGAGGAAGACAGUAGCGGCCCACUAUACAAAAAGACAAAUCUACUCUUUGGCCAGCUUCCCAGUAGAGCUUGUCAUCGUCUACCGUUUCAUCCUUUCAUGUUUGAAAGUGAGAAAGAUUUACAAAAUACAUUGCUCCCAAUGAUUCAUGCCGAGCUUACGCUUUACAAUGUCGAUAAUUGGCAGAUAUUUGUUCGAGCGUUGCCUGAAAUUGAAAUCUCGAAAUCAGAUCUUUUAUCCAGUGCUAUUUUAUUAGCCGUUCAAACAUGCAUUAUCAAAGACACUGAUAUGGAUGAGAGUGAUACUGAACGAAUUAGGCAGCUGCUUAGAAAAGCCACCAAUCGCCUUCGAACAUUGAAAGGUUUAACGGAUGGUUUCAGACAUUUGCCACUAAGUAGAACAAAACUGCGCUUUUUAUCCUUGGGAAUCAAUAUCAUUGAAGAAUGGGUUACAGAUUCGAUGAAUGAAUCAACUGAGGUCGAAGAUAUUGACUUUUUGAAGCAUUUCCGACAGAAUUUGGAGGAGGCUUGUAAAACUUACAAUAUCGAGUUUGUGCUCAAGAAAUAUGGACUCCUACGGGUAGAAACGCUAGAUUUAUUAUCCACACCGCAAAAUCUUAUCGAGCACAUUUAUGCAAAUGAAAUUGACUGGAAUAACUUCAAAGAAAUUAAUGAUAAAGUUCCGUGCACAGUUGAAUUGGCUAACAUCUUUGCCCUGAAUUUGGAUACGAUUCAAGACAGAGUCAUCCAACAGUGGCUUGAAUGGAAUGCUGAAAAAGCUACAGUUUUUGACCCUAAUGAAACCAAUUCAAGUGACACACCAGUGAUGUCGAUGGUAACGAAAGAAAGUAAUGGGGAACUUUACAAAUUGCCAUAUUGUGACCCUACAGUUUCAAGGAUUGUGCAAUUAUCACGAUUACGAAGUUACAAAAAAGCAACUUGUGCUCUUACAAAUAUCUAUCGACAGGGUUCAUAUGAAAGCAGAAUACGCAGUGUUUGUUGCUUGUUGCGACUACUACGACCUGAGCAGUUUCCAGAGAUUAUGAAAAAGGAUUUAAGGAAUGUUUGUUCGAUGUUGGAGAUAAUGCUCUAUUCUCGAAUGAUUGAUGAGUACGAAAUUGAUUUGAACAUCGAAACAUUUCAUUCAGCAGAGAAAGCAGUUUUGCUCAAAUCGUUAAUAAAUAGUACCAGACAAAUACCUCAACUGACAUUGUUUCUGGCAUCUGUAGUGAUAGAUUAUCAAUUGGUGGAACCAUCCAUAAUCGAUUUGCUUUUAACCAAACUUUAUCUCGAAAGAAAAUUUGAUAUGCUCAUCGAACUGUUGAAUUAUUGCGCAACUAAUAGUAGCAUUUUGUUUCAUAUAAAAAACAUUGAACAAAAAUGGUUUUAUGCUGCCCAGUGGUUAUUUUCAUCUGCAGCAAAAGAAAGUACUAACAAAAAACAACAGUUUGAUAAAUCUCUUUUAUUCUGUUUAAGUUGCCCGGUGGAAUAUGGCCGUUCAGCUAAUGCUUUAUUACAUUUGCUGCAGCGAGAUAAUUUCCCUAUUGCUCAUCGUUUAUUAAUGCUCGCGUCGUCGACGGUUGCGGAGGAAGCUGAAGAAGGUUCUGAAAAUUGCUUUCAAAAUUCUGCGAGUUCGAGUCUCGAUUUUUCAUUGAAAUGGGAAUGA